GUUGCUAAGGGCGCGGGGGAAGUGUUGUCAAUUUGGACCGGCGGAAGUGGUUGGAAAAAAGACUUCCGGUUGUCGUCUGUCCACUGUUUUGGCUAAACAUGUCUGCCGAGUUCGAGGGUUACGAGCAGGAUUAUGCGGUGCUCACCGCGGAGAUUACUGGCAGGGUCGGGAAGAUCCCCCGGCUGCUGGGAGAUGAAAAGAAGCAAAUGAUAUUAAAUGUAGAGAAGCAGCUGGAGGAGGCCCGGGAACUGUUGGAGCAGAUGGACCUGGAGGUGCGGGAGAUUCCAGUUCAGAGUCGCGCCAUGUACAGCAACCGCAUGCGCAGCUACAAGCAGGAGUUGGGCAAACUGGACGCCGACUUUAAAAGGUCACGGAUCGCCUACAGUGACGAAGUGCGCAACGAGCUCCUGGGGGACGAUGGGAAUUCCUCGGAGAGCCAGUUGAUAAAAUUACGUGAAGAGAGGGCACAUCUGUUGGAUAACACCGAGAGGCUGGAAAGGUCAUCGAGGAGGCUAGAAGCCGGCUACCAAGUGGCGGUGGAGACGGAACAAAUCGGCCAGAACAUCCUGGAGAACCUAAGUCAGGACAGAGAGAAGAUCCAGAGAGCAAGAGAAAGGCUGAGAGAGACAGAUGCAAAUCUGGGGAAGAGUUCCAGGGUACUUACAGGAAUGUUACGAAGGAUCAUUCAGAAUCGGGUCUUGUUGGUGGUCCUGGGAAUCUUCAUUGUCGUCACUAUUAUUAUGGCAAUUUAUUUCUCCUUUCGGAGACACUGAUGUGACCCCCCCCCCGGGCCCCUCAGUGAGACUUCUGGGAAUGAAGAGGAAUUGUUGAAAUGAAUCAUCUGAUCUCACGGACUGAACCCCCCCACGUACUUUUCCCAAAAUCCUCUCCUGUGUUAUUUUAGGACUUGAUUGUAAUUAUCGUUUGUCUCGUUCUUCUAAUUAAACUCAGUGUUUUUAGCUGGGGGUCUCACUGCCCCUUUUAUAAGGUAAUGCCCCCCCUGUACCCACAAUGCCUUUCAAUGGAAACCAAUAUGGCUGCCCAGGAGCUGGACCCUUGUGACCCGUCUCUGAGGCGUCACAUGAUUAAUGUCACAUAAUAAAUGGACCAAUGAGGCUGCGUGGGUUGGAGAUUCUGCAGAACUAUUGGCUGUCGCUCUGACCCGGGUCCUGCCCUGUGUGAAGUGGUUCUGGGCUGCCUCAUUAUCCCCCGCGUCUGACACUCCUUUGCUUUACAACCUAAUUUAUGUGUUUCCCCCCAUAUGAAAUGUGUCUUUGGAAUGGCCCAAUACUCCAGUGCUUCUUCUGAUUGACAGCUGUCACUUCCAUGGCAACAGGUUUCUGAUUCGUCGUUGUGUUUAGGGAUAAAACACUGGGUUAUGCGCUCGAUAUUGAUGUUAUUUGAAUAAAAACAUUUGUUCUGCCUGAAA